CUCGGCCAGCGGCGCGACACGCCGUGGCGCUAUAGCAACGGGUAACUACCCGCCGGGAGAGAGUGGCGCUAGGCCAUGUCUGGCCUCACCGACGAGACCGCGGGAGACCUGCCGGUGAGAGACCUCGGUCCGGACCCCUUCGGAGCGGGAGGGCCGCAAGAAACGUCAACAACACGAAUGAUGAAGUCUCACCAGGCUGUGUCACGGAUCAGUCGUGAGGAGCUGGAGGACAGAUUUUUGCGUUUGCACGAUGAGAACAUUCUCCUUAAGCAGCAUGCCCGCCAGCAAGAGGAUAAAAUUAAAAGAAUGGCCACCAAGUUAAUCCGGCUCGUUAAUGACAAGAAAAGGUACGAGCGGGUGGGUGGCGGCCCCAAGCGGCUGGGACGAGACGUGGAAAUGGAAGAAAUGAUGGAGCAGCUGCAAGAGAAAGUUCGUGAGCUGGAGAGACAAAAUGAAGUCCUCAAAAACAGGCUGAUCGCGGCCAAACAGCAACUUCAAAUCCAGGGCUACAGGCAGACCCCGUACAACUAUGUGCAGUCCCGCGUGAACACCGGGCGCAGAAAAGCGAGUGAGAACGCAGGCUCCCAGGACUGCCCCAGGAAAGGGAUUCGAUUCCAAGACGCAGACGUGGGCCAACCCAUGCUGACAAAACACGGCAGCAGCUUCCUGGAGGAAGCCCGAGGAGAAAUGAGGCACUUAGAAGACGUCGUCCAGUCCCAGAGAGGCCAGAUAGAAGAGUUGGAGCAGUUGGCGGAGAUCCUGAAAACUCAGCUGCGGAGGAAAGAAAAUGAGAUUGAGCUGUCUCUGCUUCAGCUUCGAGAACAGCAGGCUACAGAUCAAAGGUCAAACAUUCGGGACAACGUAGAAAUGAUCAAGCUUCAUAAGCAACUCGUGGAGAAAAGCAAUGCCCUUUCGGUGAUGGAAGGAAAAUUCAUUCAGCUUCAAGAGAAGCAGAAAACCCUCAGGAUCAGCCACGACGCCUUGAUGGCCAGUGGAGAGGAGCUGAACAAGCAGCUGAAGGAGCAGCGCUCCAGGUGCUGCAGCCUGGAGAAGCAGCUGCACGCCCGGGCCUUCUCUGAGCAGAGGGCGGACGAGCUGCAAGAUAGAAUUAAUGAUUUAGAAAAGGAGCGGGAACUUUUAAAGGAAAACUAUGAUAAACUUUACCACAGCGCCUUCAGCCCCGCCCCGGAGGAGCAGUGGAAGUUGAAGGAACAGCAGCUGCAAGUGCAGAUCGCUCAGCUCGAGACGGCCCUAAAAUCCGACCUAACAGACAAGUCCGAGAUCCUCGACAGAUUAAAAAGCGAGAGAGAGCAAAAUGAGAAACUCGUCCAAGAAAACAGAGAACUGCAGUUGCACUACCUCGAACAAAAGCAGCAACUUGACGAACUUAAGAACCGCAUGAAGUUUUACAACCAGGAGAGUGACAUCAAUGCUGAUGAGCUGAGCGAGGCGCUCCUGCUUAUAAAGGCUCAAAAAUCACAGAAAAAUGGAGACCUUUCCUUUCUAGAAAAAGUAGACAAUCAAGUUAAUAAAGACCUAGAACAUUCCCUGAGAGAGCUGCAAGCAACUCAUGCAGAAACAGUGCAAGAACUUGAAAAGACAAGGAACAUGCUAAUUAUGCAACAUAAAAUUAAUAAAGAUUAUCAGAUGGAGGUUGAGGCCGUGACCCAGAAGAUGGAGAAUCUGCAGCAGGAUUACGAACUCAGAGUGGAGCAGUACGUUCAUCUCCUGGACAUCAGGGCGGCGCGCAUCCAGAAGCUAGAAGCCCAGCUGAAGGACAUUGCCUACGGCACCAAACAGUACCGAUUCAAGCCAGAAAUCCUGCCGGACGACUCCGUGGACGAAUUCGAUGAGACCAUUCACUUGGAACGCGGCGAAAACCUCCUGGAAAUCCACAUCAACAAAGUAGCCUUUUCUUCUGAAGUUUUACAGGCGUCUGGCGACAGAGAGCCUGCCACUUUCUGUACCUACGCCUUCUAUGACUUCGAACUGCAGACGACCCCCGUCGUGCGGGGCCCUCACCCCGAGUACAACCUGACCUCCCGGUACCUGGUGCACGUCGACGACUUAUUCCUGCACUACAUUCAGAGGAACACGGUCACUCUGGAGGUCCACCAGGCCUACGGACCAGACUAUGAGACAAUUGCAGCAUGUCAACUGCGAUUCCACGAACUUCUAGAAAAAAGCGGCCGAAUAUUUUGCACGGCAGGUUUGGUUGGAACUAAAGGAGACAUCCCAAAUUUUGGCACAGUGGAAUACUGGUUCCAAUUAAGAGUUCCCGUGGACCAAGCAAUCCGGCUCUAUCGGGAGCGGGCAAAGGCUUUGGGAUAUAUAACAUCAAGUUUUAAGGGGCCAGAGCAAACACCGUGGUUGAGUCAACAAGCAUCCAGAACGGCUCAGCCCAGCUCUGCUGACUCCGGAGACGGCAGCCUGAACGAACUUCACGUCACCGUCCAGUGCUGUGCCCAGCUGCGGUCCCGCGCGGGCCAGCCUCAGCCACACCCCUAUGUUGUGUACAAGUUUUUUGACUUCGCCGACCACGAUACAGCCAUCAUUCCCAGCAGCAAUGACCCGCAGUUCGAUGAUCAUCGGUGUUACCCAGUGCCAAUGAACAUGGAUUUGGAUCGAUACCUUAAGUCAGAGUCUCUGAGUUUUUAUGUGUUUGACGAUAGUGAUACCCAGGAGAAUAGUUAUAUAGGAAAAGCCAAUGUGCCUCUGAUUUCCUUGGCACAUGACAGGUGUAUCUCAGGAAUAUUUGAGUUGGCAGACCAUGAAAAGCACCCUGCAGGAACCAUUCAUGUUACGUUGAAAUGGAAAUUUGCGUACCUCCCACCGAGUCAGUCCCUGCCUUCCGAAGAGUUAGGGAACGCCAUACACAAGGAAGAGUCGGAAGUUGCUCAGAGGCUGCCUCCAGCGUCCUCCGUGAGCACGCUAGUCGUGGCCCCAACCCCUAAACCAAGGCAGCGUCUCACGGCUGUCACGAAGAAGGUGUCCUUCGUGGACGAUGUCCCGCCACGUCAGGACGCUGAGAUUUCUGCUGCUCCUGAGGAUAAGAAGGAAGUGUCACGAGAAGUCGAGCAUACACCAGAAGUAGAUAUUAGCAGGCCAACUGUUUCACAUAUUUCUGAGGUGUCUCGAGACAGCGGUGCCGAUAAAACGAAAGAGGCUGCUGAGCAGGCGCAGCCGGGGAGGAGCAGUGACGUGUCUCUCCUGUCCCAGGGCCAGCUGGCAGAGCGCAGCGCGACCUCCUCGGAGGAUGACACAGAAGUAACCGAGGAGCUGGAACCGGAAGACGAAGAAAGCCAGUCAGCUUCCGACAGUGACGAGUGCGUCAUUCCGGGCCCCGUCUCCAAGCAAGCCAGGCAGACGUCAGAAAGGAUUCGGAUCGAGGUCAUAGCUCUGAGCCUCAGUGACCCCCGCGUGACGGCGGACGACGCCAUCCAGCGGCUCUUCGUGGAGUGCCGGUUCUACAGCCUCCCCGCCGAGGAGACGCCCGUGUCCCUCCCCAAGCCCCAGCGCGGGCAGUGGGUCUACUUCAACCACAGCCACGUGAUCCACGUGGAUAAAGAGAACAACCAAGCGAAGAGAGACGUCUUGAAAGCUAUACUGCAGAAACGAGACAUGCCCCACAGAAGCAUCCGCUUCACGGUGGUCAGCGACCCGCCCGAGGACGAGCAGGAGCUGGAGUGCGAGGACGUGGGCGUGGCCGCCGUGGACCUGGAGGCGGCCUUUCGGGAAGGGAGGGACCUCGUGGAGCAGGACAUCGACGUGUUGGACGCCCGGGCGGGCGGUGGAAGAAUCGGCCAGCUCCGGGUGACGGUCGAAGCGCUGCAGGCUCUCCGGUCUGUGUACGAGCAGUACAGGGACGACUGGGAGGCCUGAGCGACGGCUCCGGCUCCGGCGCGCCUCCUGCUCCCAAGUAAACCGCCCCCACCCCCCCCACCCCCCGUGCCAGCCCUGGGACGCGCAGUGUCUGGUCACUCCGGCGCCCACCAUCUGCAGCCCGUGGGGAGCGGGGAGGCCUGGCGCUGAAGCGUCCGAGUUUUGCGCACUCUUUCCCGUGUUUAUUUUUCUGUCCCCGCCUUCCCUCGCCCGCCACCCCUCAGGGUCUCGGGUCCCCACAGCGGGGACACCUGCUCCGUGAUUUAUACCUGCACGACAGCGUGAGAGAGUCCGCGUGCGUUCUCAACACUUUCUUAGGAGGUGCUGAAAUGCAAGUCCCGUUUUUAUUUUUAAUAAGCCAGCAGCAAACAUCGUAGAAAACCCGUGAAAAAGAAAUACUUUCAUGUGAUCCCUAAUCACCCCAGUAAGUGGAAUGCCUGUGAUUAGCCUCAUUAGGAGUUUUACACUGUGAAGAUUUUAUUAGAAGCAAUAUAUGAAAAUUACUUGGAUUAAUGUGUUAAUCCUCCUCUUUAAAAUGCUAAUAUCCACUUUAUGCACAGUACAGCUCAGUGUGCAUUUUCAUUGAUGCCUGCAGUUGCUAUCAAUUAAAUAUGAAGAAUGAGACUUGGCCCCAACUUACUAAAUUACUGCAAGUUUUCUGCUUUUCUCUCUUCAGAAUUGCAGUUCUUCCUGUUUGCACUGUUUUCAAUGACUUGUGCCGGCGAUGUGGACACUGGGGGCCGGGAACGUGUGGGCAGGGUGUGAAGAGGAGACAGACACAAGUGUGUGUACGAACUUCUACUUCGAACACCGAGCUUUGCACAGAGGAAGACCUUAUUAAAAGCAUGGCUCAAGAUGAUAUGCUCAGUUAGACCCGAAAGGAGUAUCUUUUUAUCGUUCUUUAAAUGUACAUCAAGCUUGUACAAUGCUGGGUGUGUAUCUGGAUAACCAGAUCCUCAAAAAGCCGCUCAGAAAGUUAAUUUUCUAGCUUUCGCCGGAUCUCGCUGAAGGAUUUAAUUGAUAUUUUUAAUGGAGCUGUGAAUCAGCACUGUGAAAGAAUUGUCUCUAGAGGUCUGGGCUAUAAUGCAUUUCAUUUUUUAAUUUACUUUUUUAUUUGUCGUUUUCUUCAAAGGAUUUUUAUAGGCUGUGGGUUUUCACUGUUUGCAAACAGGCUAUGUUCCUUCUUAAGCAUAUGUAAAGUAUUCAGGGAGAUAAGUAAUUUAUUAAAAUCUACCUAAUUUGCCGUGAUAUAUUAAAUCUCUGCUUCAGUGAUCACAGACCAUUUCAUUUAGAGAAUUAGGCAUUCCCUCUUUGUGUGAUUAAAGCUCUGGAAAAUGA